AUGUCUACACGUGUCUUUUCUCUUAUUAUUGGCAUCGACAACUACAAAUCGGGAGGCAUAUGGAACCUCCAUUCCUGCGUCGACGAUGCGAAGAGAAUGAAACAUUGGCUGGUCGACGCUCUGAGCGUUCCCAAGGAUCAAAUACGCGUUCUCAUUGACAGUCACGCCACAAAGGAAAUGAUCGAAGACGCAUUCAUGGAACAUCUUGUCAAUAACCCUGCCAUCGAGGAAGGUGACGGAAUCCUCAUCUAUUUCGCCGGCCACGGUAGCUCCUUGCCAGCUCCUCCCAACUGGUAUCAAAGUAAUGCAACCCAUAACGCAAAUGUUCAGGUUCUAUGCCCCUACGAUCACGACACCAAAUCUGCCUUGGGCAGAGUUUCAGGAAUCUCCGAUCGUUCCUUCCAUGCCCUCUUAGACGACCUCGCCUCUUCCAAAGGAGAUAACAUCACUGUUCUCCUCGAUUGUUGCUUCACUCCGUCCCAGACGAAGUCUGACGGUCUUCACCGCCGGGUUACUCGCUGGACUUCUACAGCGAAGGCUACUCCAGACGAUCUCUAUCGCGAUUUGUGGAGCGGGGCCCGUGGCAAGCAUUCGCCAAGAUCUGGAUUUUUUACUGCAGAUCUACCAUCCCAUGUGCUUCUAGCAGCCUGCCCCGCAGGUGGCAAAGCCAUCGAAGGAAAGGAAGGCGGCAAGUUUACGAACGGUUUCCUCCACAUCGUGUCACAAUUGCCGCUGCACAGCACACCGUACUCUCAACUCAUGGAGUGCCUUCGAAAAGCUCCAGCAGGUCCUCAGCAAGCUGUGUGCAUUGGAAAGUACGAACAUCGUCAUCUUUUUAACGAUGUUCCCUUCGAUAUCGACAGACGCCUUUCUUCGGCUACUCUGAAUACUGCUACAGGACUCCUGAAAAUCGAUAUAGGUGACAUUCAUGGAAUCGUGGAAGGCACCGAAUUCUCUCUCCAUUUCUACAACCGCCGCCACUCUCAUAACCCCCCUGUCGCAUUUGCCAUCGUCUCGGAGGUGCAUGCCACUUGUUGUUUUGCUCGUGUCAAACCACCAGAGGCUCGAAUACCCGAGACAUGCUGGGCGAAGGUCCGACGGUGGAACAAUUAUCGGCCUUUCCGCGUUCACCUGAAGGUGACACUCUCCUCCUUCCUUCGCAUGUGGAAAUUAGGGCAUAACCUCCCCACAAAGCCCGGCCAUUCUCAGUCGUCGCUCAACGGCCUCAAUAUUCUGAAAGUCAAGCAGCCUAAUCUCGCGGAUAUCUCUCUAAACGUCGGUCGGCAAUGCGUGACAGUCGUACAGCACAAGCCUAUCCUUUCAGAAGACGAGAAGCCGACUGUGAAGAUCGAAGGGAAGACUGGGCCUGAAGUCAUCGAUGAUGCUGCACUCUUCAACAUGCACCUUGUUCACAAGAAUCUCAAGAGUCCCCUUCGUAAUCUAGUUCAUAUGGAGCUGUACCGCCUUGACCCUCUUUCUUGGUCUAAGUCCGGAGUAAACUACCUACAUGAUGGCGUCGCAACGAUCCCAUACGAAGCUGGAGCUAUCUACCAAGUCCUCCUCAGAAAUAGGUCCAUGGUUGAUCUUUGGGCAUAUCUCGCCUACAUGGAUCCGACGAAGUACAGUAUUACUCUACUCUAUCGUCCUGACUCGAGUGAUCAAACGCCCCCCCUUCCAAGUCAAGGGUAUCUAGAAAUUGGGUCUGGCAAACAAGGAUCUGAGGCUUUAUCAUUCGCUAUUAGCGAGCACAAACAUAUUCAGGCGGGCUACUUGAAGUUGUUCCUAUCAUCUACCCCCACCAACAUGAACACGCUUGAACACGAUCCUUUGCCUCAUUGGUCCGCUGACCUCGAUUCCGACGGCAUUUCGACUUCUGUCUCAAUGAUACCCAUAUGGGACACAGCAUUGGCAUCUAUCGAGUUUAUUAAUCAUCCCGACGGGAAUUCCUUGAUGCCAUGUGGCCAACGAGCACAUCCGACGAAUAACCAUUAA